GUUGUAUUUUGGCGGAAUUGCACACGGGCAUGCCUCUGUUUCCUGGCGAAAACGAGAGCGAGCAGUUGGCGUGCAUAAUGGAGAUUAUCGGCCUGCCGCCACCGCACAUGAUCGCCUCCGCCAGCCGGCGCCGCGUGUUCUUCGGAGGAGGAGGAGGAGGAGGAGGAAUACCACCAUCUUCUGGUCGAAUAUCAGUGCUUUUCCUUCUUGAGCCAGGGAGACAAGGAUUGAAUUUGCUAAAUGUACUCUGCUCUUGCGCGGAUUCCCAAUCAAAUCCGAGGCAAGUGACGAACAGCAAAGGAAGGAAGCGCAUUGUCGGCUCUAGAGAUUUGGCCACGGCUGUGAAAACAAGCGACCCGGCAUUUGUGGAUUUUCUUGUCGGUACUUUGCAAUGGGAUCCUUCGAAACGAUUCACCCCCGAAGAAGCCCUGAAGCACGAAUUCCUGUCUGGCAGUAGCAGCAGCAACCCGACGAGCGUGAAAACCCGCAGCCCGCAGGACCCAUUCUCAAUUAUGAUGACGACGACGACGAGCAGCAACAGCAGCAGUGAUGGGCAUCAACACGGGAACAUGAGCAGCACCCAUCAUCACCAGUCCAACGGGAACGGGUUCGGAAACGGUACCAGUAACGCUAAUAAUACUACUGCUAGUUACAGUAGCGGUAGUCGGGCCACGAAACUCAGCCACCGGUUCAGCUUUUGCGUCAACGACCGGCGCCCGAUGACGGACUUUGCGGCGGAACGGGGCUCGUUGUCUGUGCGGCGCCACUCGAGAGUCAUUGAAACUGAGCCUGCGAUUUGCUGAUGAUGCUGCUGCUGUUUGCUGAGGAAAACGUCUCUGUCCAUGUAAUUUUGCCUCGGAAGAAAAUAAGUCUUUCCCCCUGUUUUUGUGUGUGUGUGUGUGUGUGU